AUGCCGGAGGGCUGGAACGCCUCCUCCGACAGCCUGGAGGUGCGAGCUGCAGGGAUCAUCGUGCCAGUGAUCUUCUCCCUCAUCUUCCUUCUGGGCACUGUGGGGAAUGGCCUGGUGCUGGCCGUGCUGCUGCGCAACAGCCAAGUGAAGUACAACACCACCAACCUCUUCAUCCUUAACUUGGCCAUGGCCGACCUGUGCUUCAUCAUCUGCUGUGUCCCCUUCCAGGCCACUAUUUACACACUGGAUGGGUGGCUUUUUGGGCCCUUUGCCUGCAAGACUGUACAUUUCCUUAUCUACCUCACCAUGUAUGCCAGCAGCUUCACCUUGGCCUCAGUCUCCGUUGACAGGUACCUGGCUAUUCGCUAUCCGCUGAAAUCCCGGGAUCUCCGCACCUCCCGAAAUGCGGGAGUGGCCAUUAUAGUGAUCUGGUCCCUGUCGCUGCUCUUCGCAGGGCCUUACCUCAGUUACUACCACAUUGUCCAUUACCACGGGAUGCCCAUCUGCGUCCCCAUUUGGGAGGACCAGCGCCGAAAGAUUUUGGAUAUCCUCACGUUUGUCUUCGGGUACCUCCUGCCUGUCAUUGUGGUGAGCCUGGCAUAUGCCCGGACCAUCAAGUUCCUGUGGACAUCUGUAGACCCCCUUGAGAGGAUCUCGGAGGCCCGGAAGGCUAAGCGUAAGGUCACCAAGAUGAUCGUGGCCGUUGCCAUUUUGUUUUGCCUCUGCUGGCUGCCCCACCACUUGGUCAUCCUGUGCUUCUGGUUUGGUCACUUUCCCUUCAACCGAGCCACUUACGCCUGUCGCCUGGCUUCCCACUGCUUGUCAUAUGCCAAUUCUUGUCUCAAUCCGAUCGUCUAUGCUCUCAUUUCCAAGCACUUCCGCAAGCGUUUCAAGCAGGUCUUCACCUGCCUCUUCUUUCAGAACAAGAACAGAAAGAAGAAGAAGAGAGUUGGAAAUAAAGUCCAUGUGGUCAAUGUGGGCAAUGGUUUCACUGACAGUGCCAGAGGUUUCUAUAGAGGCAAUGCUGAGGUGACCCAAACUGCAGGGAGGAGUACCAGGUUCUGCCCUGGUCAUCUGAAGGGAGACCCUGAAGGUACCAGUAGUGCCAGCACAUGGACUCACCAGCUACAAGAUGCUAUGGUUUCUGUUCAGAAAGGAGUGCUGGAGGAGGGAGGUUUGCCAACAGCUGACCAGUCGCUGUCUGUGACCCCUCCAGGGAGAAUUCCAGAGUUUGUGACUGUUCACUGCAGAUGA